CGGUCGUCGUCGCCGCUGCUGCCGCUGCUCCUGCUGCUGAGGCUGCUGGCGGAGGCCGGAGAACCGGGCGGCGGCGGCGGCGGCGGCUGAGAGGGCGGCGGCGGGAGCGGAGCGGGACGAGGGAACGAGAGGAAGGAAGCCUGAGAGGAGCGAGCGGAGCGCGCCCAGCCCCGCCUGCCCUUCCGCGCGCCCGGGCUGCCGGAGGAGCCCGAGCCCCCAGCCGCCGCCGCCGCCGCCGCCCGCCUGCGCUCCCGCCGCACAAAGCCGAGACCCCGCGCCCAGAGCCAUGUCCUCGUCCGCCGGCAGCGGCCACCAGCCCAGCCAGAGCCGUGCCAUCCCCACCCGCACCGUGCCCAUCAGCGACGCCGCGCAGCUACCUCAUGACUAUUGCACCACGCCCGGGGGGACGCUCUUCUCCACCACGCCCGGAGGAACCCGAAUCAUUUAUGAUCGAAAGUUUCUGUUGGAUCGUCGAAAUUCUCCCAUGGCUCAGACCCCACCCUGUCAUCUGCCCAAUAUCCCAGGAGUCACCAGCCCUGGCACCUUAAUUGAAGACUCCAAAGUAGAAGUAAACAAUUUGAACAACCUGAACAAUCAUGACAGAAAGCACGCAAUUGGGGACGAUGCUCAGUUUGAGAUGGACAUCUAACUGUCCUGCGAGGAUCCGAAGAACAGCAGCAACGCUGAUACCUGUGUGUAUCCCCGGUUUGGCCAAUAGGAUCAACAAUGAAAACACAGAAGCAGUACCAGCAGUCCCCAUUGCAGCGCCCCCUCCUCUUCCUCCGGGUGCCAAAUGAUGGGAAGAUGAGCUUCAUCUGACUAUUUCCUCUUCCUGUUUCCUGUCUCCCUUCCCGCUUAGAUUAGAUUGAAGGCCCAUGGCAUAUUUCUGUAGAACUAAGCAGCCCACAAAGGAAAACAGUUGUAUUCUGGCUUCCUUAAGUCAUUUUUGUAUUGAGACACACCCCCCCCCCUCCUUCCAAUUAAAAAAAAAUAUCCCAAAUCAGAUAUCAACCUACCAACAAUUGCCGGCUUCCAGAAACGUCUGGGGAAGUGUUUCAGAAAUUUGGUGGGUUCAGCAUUGUUCAUGUUCUUAUCUUGUGUCUCCUCCCUGUCUUCCACCCAUGGUUCAGUGCUACCAGAGUCUCGUUUGGGGUCUUCAAAACCAGAGGGAAAUAAACAAGAAAAGAGCUGUUUUCUCUCUUGUCCCUGAAGGUGUUUGUCCCUGGGGCCAGCACAGGUUGUACAGCUCUGGUAGCACUACCUGUGACACUGUUCUGAGGUCUGCUUCCCCUCCAUCCUCUGGGAGGAAUGCCUUCUGUCUUUGAUAUAAUAGUUUAUCUUUCCAUUCCUGUACUUAGCACGUGUGUGCAAACAUUUUAAAAUUCUACGUGAGAGGGGGCGUCAGUAACCAGCUGUUCUUUCCUCCUCUUCUAUUCCUCCCGGCUUGCAUCAUGUUGCUGCAGUCCUAUUCUCUGAGCAUCCCAAUGACUUCGGAGAUGGAGCACUUUGAACAAGGCCUGAUCAUAGUACUUAAGCAUGAUUUUGGAAGAGCCUAGGCCCAUGUGUGUAAACUAGUCUCAGUUGUCAUUGUUUUUUAAUCCAAUGAGCAUUGUAAUAUUACUGCAGACUGCAGUUUUUUUAUGUUUUUAGUUUAAAGAUGACUUCCAGAAUGCCCUUCGAAAAACUCAAUGCUUUUCCUUUGUGGACCUGCUUUGUUUGGCUGCUGAGAUAGAUAAGCAUGGGCUUCAAAAUGUGUUCCCGUUUUCUUUCUCUUUGUACUCUGAAUUCCCUCCCCCCCUUCCUUUUUCUCUGCCAGGCCAUGUUUCAAAUAUACAUCAAAGAUACCUCAAGUGUUGGUAUCUGAUAAUAUCUGUCACUCAUCUGAGGAGUGACCUUUUAUUUUUUAAGAUAACUACAGACCUAUUUUUAGAUAUGUUUUCAGUAAAUUCUGAACAGCAACUUUUUAAUCACAUCUUCCAGUGUUAGGAAGGUGAGAAAUGUCUGUAGGCGAGUCUGCUGUUCCAUGUCACCAUCCUUUGUCUCCUGCAUCCCUAUGAGCUCUUUCCUUUCUCCUCCUAGUUUUGGGUGUGCAUGCUUGGCGUUUGUAGUGGGUGGGUGGUAAAGCUGGACCAUUCUGCCUUGUGGGUUGUUCAUAAAAGCCUCCUUCUUUUCCCUUACCCUUUGCUCUGUCAUUCCCCCUGCUCCCUAGCCACCCCCCCUGACUAUUGACUGGCACAGUGAUCCCAGGAGAGUGACUCAGUCCCUCUUAGAAAGACUAAUGCCUCUGUCCCCUCACAGAAAGACAAGUCGCCUCUGAUGUCCUGGGAAUUUCUGGUUGGGUUUGGUGCCCUGAAUCAUCUAUUGAGAUUACAACCCAGGGUGAGAGGAACAGGCCAGUUGGCUAAGAAAGAAAGCUGUUUGUUUUUCUUUUGAACUAUGAAAAGCCCCUGUGUGCAAAUACAUCUUAGACAAAAGAGGGAGGAUGUCUGAGGAACUUUGUUCUGUUUUCUGCUAUAAAAUGUGAAUAGUUCAAAAAGUAAAACCUUUUUGUGAUGGUUGAUGUCUCUCAGGAAUAAGCUGGACCUCCAAAAUUUUGGAGAUGCGUUCAGUCUCAGAAAACUGGUCAUCAGAGAAGUAUUGUUUGCUUGUUUACUGUAUCCCUGUUCUGAUUUUAAUUAAACUCCAGAUUUCGCUUUACAUUCUCUUGGAAAAUCACAAGUUACACUGUAAUUUGCUUAAGAAGCUUGCUUAGGACCUCUUUGUCCCUGGAGCAUGAUUCUUUAGGUGUGAAGCUUUCAUUCUUCACACCCUGGCCUUGGCGUCUUGUGGAAUCCGACUCCAACUACAGCUGGCCGGCCUGUCAGUGAGCAGAGGAGUGUCCCCUUCCUGAUCUUUAUUGUUGCCCGGAAACCUCAGCUGUCUCUCCGAGCAGUGGGGAUGGAAUUAAGACAUGCCAGCUUGAGUAGUAUCGAGAUAGGAUUUUCCCCUUUAUCUGGCAACGUGGGGGAGCUCUGCUCGUGGCCCCCUAAUCAGAAGCCAUGUUUCAGGUAUUCCUGGGAGUAUCUGCUCUAUAGUAUUAAUACAACUGCGGCCCAGUCCCUUAGCCGCCUCUGCAAGGACUUCCUCACUGUUUGGUGAGCUUCUUUCCUGGAGUCCACCGCCACUAGAAGUACUCUGACUUCACUCAUUGAUAUUUUAAAGAUCAUUUCACAAGGCCGCAGAUAAAAUUCCAACAGAUGAUGCCUUUGUGCUAAGCCUCGGAAUCGUUUUUUAGGGCAAGCCAGAAUCCAAUAGGUGGUUUACUUCUGGAUGUUUGAAAGGAAACCCAGAGAUAAAUCCCUGAAUGAACUAUCCUGACUUUUCUUUGGGGAGGGAACACCCUUAGGGUACCAUUUGAGUGAAACGGUUCUUAAAAUCUUAGUGAUCGUAUGUAUUUUUCUUUUAAGAGAAAGCCGUCUUCUGUAUUUCUGAAGACAGUCUUAUCUUAAUGACAGAUGACCUUUCUCCUAAUUCCUGCGGGAGACGUGCAUCCUCAUGGCUCUCCGUUCUUUUAUAGAGUGGUUUCUUUAGCUCGCCACUUCCUCAUUCUGUUUAAAUACUUAACCGCCUUCUCUGGAGCACAGACUAGAGAAACUGGCUCCUGGGUAUUAGGCUUCCCAGCCAGGCGUUCUGUCCUUCCAUUUCUCUGAUCUGUUGCUGUGUAACUCCCCCCAAACUCGAAAUCUUAAAAAAGCAAACAUCUGUCAGUUUUUAUAGGUUAGGAAUUUGGAAACAGCUCAGCACCAUGGAUCUGGCACAGGGGUCUUAGAAAGUUGCAGUUCAAGAUGUUGGCAGGAUCUGCAGUCAUUGGGGGCUGGAGAAUCUUUUCCUGAGCUCGCUCGCUCUCUGUGGUUGUUGGCAGGGUGCCACAUGUGAGUCUCUGUGUAGAAUUUUGUGAGCGUCCACACACCAUGGCGGCUGGCUUCCCCGAGUGAGUGAUGGGGGGGAAGAGGGGACCGGGAGGAAUUUGCAGUGCCUUUUAUGACUGUCUGAAAGCACACACCUUCACUUCUUAUUCUGUUCCUUAGAAACAAGCCACUAAGCCCAGCCUGCACUCCAGGGGAGAAUUAGACGCCUCCCUACUGUUCAGAGCAGUAUCAAAGAAUUUGUGGGUAUAUCUUUAAAUCACCUCACCCCUAACAGGAUGAAACUAGGCCAAGGGGUGUGGGGUUAGGUUUGAACUAGAUGAUAUGUUGAGAGAUGUUGCUACUGAAAACAGUUUUCUGAGAUGUGUUAUCACCAAACUGGGAUAGAAGACAGACAAUUUCCUGAAAGCUACCUGCUAGUUUUGAGAGAGGCGGCAGGAAAUGGUAGCUCCCAGGAGAGCAUAAUCCGUAUACACUUGCCUGGCUAACUGUAGCCCAAAGAUGCUACUUUGCAAGUCCUGUGCUUGGUGUCCCUAAAAUUCAAUACCAUUUGCCUGCUAUCCCCCCUAGCCAGGAAUUGACAAAGGGAAUUAACUGGGCCUGUGUAGCUGAUUCACUAAAGCUGACAAUCAGAGUUAGGGUUUCUAGCAAAGAGAGCAAAUUCGAAGUAAUUGUUGGAUUGCUGAGCUGAAGAACAGUAAUGUAAGAACUCAUCUUGUAUGGAUUUACACUCUGCCUCUCACCAGCAUUUUCUUAUCUGUAGCCCGGCUUGCUUUAGAGUUCAGAUUCAGGGUGAAAUAGAUGAUGGCAUCUGAACCAGGCCCACUUGGUCUCCAGCUGCACGGGCUGAAACACCUGGGUCGUGUCACCCAAGGAGCUCCUUGUCAAAGUAGGGAACAUCUGGGAAUUAGAAAUGUCUGUGCUUGAUUGUCCUUUAGCUCAGUAUUACAGGUUAACUCGUGUGCCCACUUAGUCCUGGGCCUCUUGACGGAAGUGGUUUUUUAAAGAGAACCAGUCUUGUCUCCACUCUUGUGACUAACUUGGGUGAGGUUUGUCAGUUCAGCGCAUUCUUAGUGUCUGCUAUGUGUUUGUGGCACUCAUGCCUGACCAAGGUUUUAGAGGUUUCAGACAUCUCGAAGAUGCAUAUUCUCAUACGGAUAUGCACUCUGCCUCAUAGCAACAUUUUCUUAUCUGCAGCCCUGCUUGCUUCAGUGUAGACUUGAAGAAAAGCGUUGCUACUGAGACAGCUAUUAGAAACAGCUAUUUCUUCCCAAAGUAAGGAACUCGUCUUUAACGCGCCUUCAAAUUAAUUAUGCUUUUCCUUCUGAUUUUAAGGUGGAGUCAACCUAGACGGUGUUUUAUUUACCUGCUCUUUGUGACUCUCAGGACUUACCUUCCCAGUUCAAACAUUUCCGUUAGAAUACAGCCCACUACAUUUGAGUGGGUUUCAUCCCCAGAGUCCAUCAUUCGCCAGGAUGUAUUGAGCAUAUGCUUUGAAUUAGGGCCCCUGGUGCAAGGGUCUCAUCAUCUUGGCAGUGAUAUCCCAGAAACUGAACCUUUUUCUAUUCUCGGUCUUGGCUCCUCGAUGGGAUAUCAAGCAUCUCAGCUGCUGAGCCAGGGCCCUCAGCCCUUUGUAUAUCUCUUUAAAGAGGAAGCCCAAUGCCUUUAUUUGGGUCAGAAUUUUCCCUUCUUGGCAUGUCUCUGGACUACAUGCAUAUCGGCAGCUAUUGAUAAAUCUGCGAAACUCAAUCACUCACCUGUGACCUCUGGGAGGGAGUAGUGUUUGUUUUAAAAAGGCACUGUUUCUUUGGGAGGGCAGUUUCUGUCUGGACUAGAAAGGGGGGCAGUUAUCUCACAUACUCCCCCCUCUCCCCCCCUGCCCCAAAGUUCUUUACCUUUCAGCUUUUGAUAAAAGAUGAAAACAGGUUUGGAGGCAAUUCUCUAGGAUGCUUAUAUCCCAGGGGCAUUUCCUGUUCUAGUAAUCAUUUUCCGGUUGAGUAUUGGCAUUUCCUUUGAGGCAAGCUCAUAAAAUUUUUUUACUGAAGACUAAGGAUGAUUGGUACAUCCCUAUUUUUUCAAACAAUCAUUCAUGCCACUUUUCUUAGCUUCUGGAAUGUGCAUCUUUUUUUGUGCUGGUUCUGGAAGUUGAUAGCUUUUGGGAAAGCUUAGAUUUAGGAGGACUUUCAAUGUCUUGUUCACAUGGUCUGUGGUUUCUCUUUGCCUAACCUCUGCCUGAAGCCCCGGCAGACCAUACUGUAGAUGCUGAUGGAAAAUAUUAUGAAGAUAAAAAUACAUUUUGGGGAGUAUUUAAACUCUUUAACUCUGCCACCUUUCUAUGAGUGGGAGGCCGGCUGAGAGAUGCUGCAAUGCUUGAUAAUCAUUUAGCCGUGCUGAAAUUUGCAAAGGGAACUCUUGUUGGUGCUUAAAACCAGAAUUCCUGGACACUUCAAACUUGGAGAAUUCCAUGAAUCUAGCACAGAAUAGCCAUACUUGCUCAUUGCCAUACCUUUCUCUCCAUCUUAAUCUUUAAAAAGAAAAAAGAAAAAGGCAAAGCCCCAGCCAAGGGUAAUUUUUACUUGAAACCAGGAGAGGGGGAGGAACACUGUAGAAGUAAGGGGCGCGUUGUCCGCGUGAGCCAUCCUGAGUCCUAAUCACUGAGUACUGUGAGCCAGUGCCUUUCCUUCACCUGCAGAUGGAGCCCGUCUCUCUCCGCCUCGGUGAGGAGACCCUGUGCUACCCAGGGUAAACCUUAGAGACGGCUUAGAGCCCGGUGGACACUCCGUAUUCGGUGUCCAUUCGAAGCAUCCUUAACGUAUUUUAGACAUUAAAAAACGCCCUGUCCUGUCUUAGCGACACGAGUGGCCCAAUUCCAUCCAUUCUGAAUGGAAAAGCAGAGACUGCCAGUUCUUCCUUUGAUCUUCCCUUCAUCCGCCUUGAUGUGGCUGACCCUGACCCCUCGUCCAUUUCACUGUCAUGGAUGGAUAGCAGAGGGCACCAUGUAGUCCUGAGGCAGUCCUGUGUGAUUCUGUGAUCAGUUGUUUUGGGUUUGGGUUUUGGGGUUUUUUUUUUUGUUUUGUUUUGUUUUGUCUGUCCUUUCACACCAGCAGGGUGUUUGGAAAUUAGUGAGAAGAAAAAAAAUUCUCACCAAUGGUUGCUGUUACAGUUAAAUCAAUAAAGAUCUUGGAUAUCAA